GAGCAACCAGACUCGUGAAGAAGGAGAAGAAGCACGAGAAAAGUUUGCUGUUGGAAGAAAUGGCGAGAUCGUCGACUAGUAAGGAUGCUCAGGAUCUCUUCCAUUCUCUUCGUUCGGCUUAUACCGCUACACCAACGAAUCUCAAGAUCAUCGACAUGUAUGUUUGUUUCGCGGUCUUCACAGCUUUGAUCCAGGUUGCUUACAUGGCUCUUGUUGGAUCGUUUCCUUUCAACUCGUUUCUCUCUGGAGUUCUCUCGUGUAUCGGGACAGCCGUUCUUGCUGUCUGCCUCCGGAUUCAAGUGAACAAAGAAAACAAGGAAUUUAAGGAUUUAGCACCGGAGCGAGCUUUUGCUGAUUUUGUCCUCUGCAACUUAGUCCUCCACCUAGUGAUCAUAAACUUCUUAGGAUAACUCCUCUCAAACCUCCUCUUCCGGACUUAAUCUCAUGAGAUGUUUGGACCUAAAAUUUCACCGACCCUCUCCUUUUAACAUUGAGAACGCAAGGUUGGGAUUUACAGCUCUCUUUACGGGUCAUUCACAACUCUAUUUUGGCCCAAUAGCAACUCUAAAUGUGAGUCCAGACAGUGUAGAAUCAUGAAUUUCCUUCUGAGCUUGAAUAUAUUCAUUAAACAUCU